AAAAAGAAUAUUUGAAAAGCGCAAAUCAGUCAUUCAAAACCGUUUGAAUUGUAUGUGAUCACACACCAAAUUGGUGAUAGAUCGCUUAUGAAUAUAAUUCAUGUGAAUGUGGUCGAAACCGCGUAAUAUCACGUCAAAAUAGAACGUCAUAGGUGCUAUCAUGCUAUACACAAAUGAAUCGCGCAACAAUAACAGCUGCAGCAGUAGCAGCACCAUCAUCAAUGUAGCAAAUUGACUGAUCAUUUUUGUUGUUGUUAUGAGAAGAGUGAAUGUGUGUGCGUGCGUGUGAGUGUGUGUGGUUCGGCUUGUGUGCGAUGGCAUUGACAAACUUACAGUUCAAACUGGACUUAUCUUCCCUUCAGAAAUUCGUUUCAAAAUGAAUUUGAUGGAAAAAUAAUGUGUGCGAUCUACUGGGAUAUCUCUAUAUCUCUAUCUCCCUAGGGAGUGUCAUCCAUUUUAUUGAAGCGGGUUUUUGUCGCUACUUUUUUUUCGUUCAUCAUUUCGUUCAGCGUUAUGACUUAGGCAGUUUGUUAUAAGGAUCACACAUUCGAUUUAACGAAGCUUGGUAAACGUGCGAAAUUUCGGUAGAAUGUCAUCGAAACCAUCCGGCUUGCGAUUUUCAUCAGUUUCGUCACAAACGAGUCAACAACCACCACAACAACCAGUCAAACCAUCCGCGAAUAAUUUUACGAAAAAUAGCACCAUAUCGAUCGUUGGCAAAAAACCAUCCACCAUUGUUUACACGAAAAAUAUCAAAUCCACUCCUGUCCAAACAAUGCAAACCACAAAAAAAUUGCCAGCUAAUCAAUCACCCUACGGCUCUGAUACAGAUAUUUCAACGUCAAACGAAAACUUAUCGAUGGAACAGCGAUAUGUUUUACGCCAUACACCACGUGCCGAACCACAGGGACAGGAGAAUUUGGUCGAAUCGAGUCAAAGUGGUAAUGAAAAUUCAGCCCGAUACGUGUCCGAUCAACAGCGUUUCUCGUCGAACACAUCGUCCGAUUCAACGCGUUAUGCAUCGAGUAAUCGUAGUCAUUCGGGGAGUCAAACUCCAAUUUUGAGCGGCCAACAAAUGAAUAGCAGCACCAAUGAAAGCAUAGUCAAUAAUCCAAAUAACAGCAUUAGCAUUGGCAUCGGUUCAAAUCGAAAUUCACUUAAGGAUAACAUCAAUUCGAAUCGAUCGUCGAUGGAUGUAUCAACGUGUUCGUACAAUACGCUAAUUAUCCAUCCGGAUGAUACGUUGCAUGCACCGUUGAAUCGCAUGGCCGGCGAUCAUCUUGAUGGCAAAAAAGAGCGACCACAUUCGUACGGUGAACAGGGAAUGCAAGAAAUUACCGAAAUACCCGACGAUUAUUUAAAUCAAAGUCAUGUGCUAAAGCAUCUCGCCAAAGAGAUGAAAAUACCAAGCAAUCGCCAGAGAACAUCAUCAUCACGUGAACGCAGCCUACUUGAAAGUGACAAAGAACACACGACGAAGUGGGUGAUUACCGAACAAAAUGAACAAAGCAACAGCAAAAUUAAAAGCAAAAGUCAACCCGAUUUAACCAAAUUACCCGAAAAGGAUAUUGAUGCAAUGGAAACGCUGGUCAAAGAAAAUCAUCUGCUUAAGCAACAAUUGCAGAAUUGCUUCACAAAAGUGGCCAAAACACAGAAACUUGAAGAAGAAGUCACAAAUAUUUACCGUGCGCAUGAGGAACUCAAGCAGACGUGCGAACGCCGCGAGAAACUUGAAAGAGCGGCACGUAUGCGUUUGCAGAGCGAUCUACAGCGUGUCCAAGAACUCAACUCAGUUAUGAAAGAUCAAGUGGAUAUUUUGCAAAGUCAGCUGCUUGCACCAUCCGAACAUCAGAUUUUAAUCGCACAACUUUUCACACAAAAUAAAGAAUUGAGCGCAGCAAAGGAACGGCAAGACAUUGAGAUCGGUGCACAGCGUGCAACAUUGCAGGAACAACGAAAUCACAUUGGCAUUUUGGAUUCAGCAUUGACCAAUGCACAGCAAAAUAUCCGACGCUUGGAGGAGGAACUAAGAAAGAAGCAAAUGUAUAUCGAUCGAUUAAAUCAACUGCACCAGUUGCAGCAACCGAAGCAAUGCGAACGAAAGAAUAUGCUAGAAUUUGAUCCGGAAUUGGUGAAAGAAUCGAAUCGAAGUGGCAGCAGUACGAACAGCGAAACCAAGUGGCAAAUGGCGGACAAGGCUCAAAUGAUUCGAGUUGAAAAUGAGCAGCGUCACAUUGACGAUGGGAGGCAGAAUACAUCAAAGUUAUCGACCAUGGACAAGCAAGACGAUCGAAUACUAGCCGAAGCGAAGCAGGAUAAAUUGCGAUAUUUGGAAGAAGUGCAUUCAGCUCAGCGCAAAAUGAACGAUUUACAAGCACAUCUCAAGGUAUUGGAAAGCAAAUUGGCCGACAAAGAUGUUGAAAUAAGAUUGCUGCAAGAGAAGAAAAUUUGUGGAUCAUCUUUCGAUUCGUACAACAGCUAUGGUUUGAGUCCGUUGGCAUUUAAUUCACAAAAUUCAUACAAUACAUCGAAUAAUUCCUUCAAUACGGCAACAAAUACAUCGUCAUUGCUUGACCAAUCAUAUGGCCAUCCAUCGGCAUCGAUGGCCAGCUCAUAUGUACCGAGUCCGGUGUAUUCGCCACAGGUUUCGUCACCGUACAAAACCAAUCCAGCUAACUUACAGUCAAUCAAUCUAAAUAGUAAUGUUGUGAAUUCAUCGGGCGGCGUUGUUGGUGUGACCGGCAAUUAUUCGGCCAACAGUUCCAACUAUAGCAACAACUAUGAUUCACCAAAUUAUAACCAAAACACAUCUAGCUAUGACACAUCUUACGAAAAUAUUACACGAAAAUCAAUUGAUGACCAUAUGAAAAAACAUCUUGACGAACAGUUACUCACGAAGCGAGGUCUAUGCUGUUUUCCGAGUCUUAGUUCAAAAAAAUCGAAUCUGGCCCUACUUUCCGAUCAGGUAUCCGUUCUAUCGACAAACAAUAGCGACUCAUUUCUACAGAAACUAGCACAUAUCGAUCAACGGGAACGCAACCGCCACGAGUCAAAGGACCAAGAUCUUGGACUACCAUCGGCCGCAUCGAUGACAUGCCAAACGAAAGCCGACGAAAUCGUUUUCCUCGAGAAACAAGGCCUAUGCUCACAAAAGCUCAGAACUAAUUUAACGGGAAACUUGGCACAAGUAACCAAAAGUUUUGUUGGUCAAAAUAUGACCGACAUUAGCAAUAUUGAUAACAACAAUCUCAUAAAGGAUGUAAAAGCGUAUGCAAACUUGGGACAGAAUGCCGCCUAUCAGAUAGCGGCUGGACGAAUGAAGGAAAAUCGUGGCACAUCUUUACCACCGAGUGCACUGCCACGGCCAGCGCGCAGCUUGAAACCACCGCGAAAAAUUGACUAUGACCGCCUGAGCGAUUCGUCGAAUAAGGCACGCUCGCAAACGCCACCGAAAAUGUCACAAUUACAAUUUGAAAUGAAAGCGGCUACCAUGAAACGCAACGAAUAUUCGCGUCGCGAUUUCACACCACCCGCCAAAAAUAAUUAUGUGGAAAUGAAGGAGAUGCUCAACUUUCCUAAUCCACACUUUUCGCUAAAGCGUAAGGAUUACGGAUCAAUGAUGAGCAAACAGUCGGAAUUCUCCAAACCUGAACAUACAUCGACAAAGUAUUAUCAGCGUCUGGAAGAAUCGCCCAAAAUGAAUAAAGCAUCGGAAAGUGGCAAUAGCGGUGGCGGCGGCGGCGGAGGCAGCGGCAGCAGUGGCAGUGCGUUCAAACGCUCCCUAUUGCCAAGUGCACGUAAAUAUUCACCCGCAGCAGCGUCUAAUUCAAACAAACAACAACAUUCACGUGAUUCGUUGAAUUCGAGCGAAUCGAAUCAUUCAGUAAAUUCAAAUUUACGCCAGAGUCCAAUCCAUCUGAAGGUCGACGUACAUAAUGCAUCGAAUGCAUCUUUCCAUCAUCAACAUAUCAACUCACGUACGCCACCAAAGUAUAUGUCAUUGACAACACAAGAUAAAACGGCUUCCUUGCCACCCAAACCAAUCGAUAAUAAUCGAACGGGACGACGAGGCGGCAGCGUUACAAGGGGAGAAAAUCGAUACAAAAUUCAAUUUUAAUUCGAUUUUUUUAAAACUAGAUUUUCGCAAAUCAGAAUGAAAAAUUAAUAAUUCUCUUUUUUUUUUGUUAAAAAUUUGAAACUUCUUAGUGUUUCAAUGUUUACCUAAUAAUAUGUAGAUUAAAUAAAACGAUGGAAUCUAAUUAAA